AGUUACAAAGGUAACCUUUUGUUUUGGGUUGGCUGACUAGUCUUUGGAGCACCCUGAGAAACAACAUAAAGGGUAAUUAUUAAUUAUUAAUUUUCUGUCAGCCUAAAGUAAACUUGUUUCUCAGAAGUGCAUUCACCAUCUAAUUGAUUUUUUCUUUUUUAAUACUUACUUUUUUAAAUCCAAAAAGAUGUGGGCUUUCCUGGGAAUAGCCAGCUUCACGUACCUUUACAAAAAAUCCAACACAGUCUUAUCUUUCGCUCACAAAGACCUUGUAAUGGCCGCAGUCUUAUUUCUUACAGUCGGGCUCUUACUAUCGUAUGUCAGGUAUUUUCACAGCCAGAAGCUCAGAGUCUCUCAGGUAUUUCAUUUGCCUCUGAGCCUUCUGUCUUAUGUACCUGUUAUCAACUAUUUAGUUCCACAAACUUCAACACAGAGGAGCGAGAAAGCGGAGAACAGCUGUAAAAAGAGCCGGAGAACGAGGAAAAGACUGGAUGUAGAAGAGUCAUCUGCUUCACAGAGUGCCUCAGCCAGUGGCCCCUCAGGGGCCCUGGAGCCGGAUGUGCUGAUAGUUGGUGCAGGGGUCUUGGGCUCAGCGAUGGCGGCUGUCCUAGCCCAGGACGGAAGGAGGGUGACGGUGGUGGAGAGGGACCUGAGGGAGCCUGACAGGAUAGUGGGGGAGCUGCUGCAGCCUGGAGGAUUCAGGGCACUCAAAGAGCUGGGACUGGAAGGUUCAGUGGAGGGUCUGGAUGCCCAUCUGGUGAACGGCUAUGUGAUCCAUGACAUAGAGAGCAGCACAGAGGUGGAGAUCCCCUACCCUCAAGGGGAGGACAACGUCCAUUGCGGACGUGCUUUCCAUCACGGUCGAUUCAUCAUGGGCCUGAGGAGAAGCGCCCUGGCUCAGCCAAAUGUCACAUUUGUAGAAGGCACCGUGACCAGUUUGCAGGAAGAGGAUGGCUGUGUAACCGGAGUGCGGUAUAAGGAUAAAGAAACUGGAGACAUCAAGGAAAUCCAUGCAGCGCUCACUGUUGUGGCCGAUGGAUGUUUCUCCAAAUUCAGAAAGAGUCUGGUCUCUGGGAAAGCUCAAACCUCCUCUCACUUUGUUGGAUGCCUUAUGAAGGACUGUCCCCAGUUUAAAGCCAACCAUGCUGAGCUGGUGCUGGCCAACCCGAGCCCAGUGCUCGUCUACCAGAUCUCCUCCUCAGACACCAGAGUGCUCGUGGACGUCAGGGGGGAGAUGCCUCGCAACCUCUCACAGUACAUGGCUGACAACAUAUACCCUCAGCUACCAGAGCAUUUAAAGGAGCCUUUCAUGGUGGCAAUCCAGAACGAUCGACUCAGGUCCAUGCCUGCCAGCUUCCUCCCUCCCUCCCCUGUCAACAAGCCAGGCGUGCUUCUCCUGGGCGAUGCUUACAACAUGAGACAUCCUCUGACGGGGGGAGGGAUGAGUGUUGCUCUCAACGACGUUCGCAUCUGGAGGAAUCUGCUCAAGAACAUCCCGGAUCUGUAUGAUGACAGGGUUAUGCUGCAGGCACAGAAAAAAUUCCACUGGGAACGCAAGUCAUCACAUUCUUUUGUGGUGAAUGUGUUGGCCCAGGCCCUGUAUGAGCUGUUCGCAGCCACAGACAAAUCUCUUCAUGAGCUGAGAAAAGCCUGCUUCCAGUACUUCCAGCUUGGUGGAGAGUGCAUUAAUGGGCCUAUUGGACUCCUCUCAGUGUUGACACCUAAACCCAUGACCCUUAUUGGACACUUCUUUGCCGUUGCAAUAUACGCAAUCUACUUCAAAUUCAAGUCUGAGUCGUGGAUCACCAAACCUCGAGCUUUAUUCAAGAGUGGAGCCAUCCUGUAUCGAGCCUGCACAGUCAUGUUGCCACUCAUCUACUCUGAAUUCAAGUACCUGGUGUACUGAAGAGCUUUAAUCUCGACACAGAAAGACCAAGCUCAGUCUUCACAGACAUGGCUGACAAUAGGCACUGUUGCUGUAUUAAACCAUGCUUUUAAUAUUGAGGAUGUUCUACAAUAUGCCCUUGCCUUACUGCAGAUGUCAUCGUCUUAAUGUCCUACUUAAUGCCUUGUUCAUAUAUUUGGACAUAUUGUUCAACAUUGCCUUGGUGUAUCCCUAUUUGUGCUCACCCACAUGUUGCCCUAUAUGUUAAAGGAACAUACAGUACAGUGUAUUAGCUCACUCUGAAUUACACUGAAUAUUUAACACUGGAAUUAUUUCUGCCCAACAGAACUGCUAUGUAGAACAUGACAUCUGAAUGAUUUUGCAAUAGAACCACUUUUCUGCUGUAUAUUUCCCUGCUGAGCUAAUGUGGGCUGUAUUUAAGGAAGAAACAUCAUGUAAUGAUAUUUUAUAACAAUAAUGCAUAAUUUCAAAUCCAAGCACUGAUUAUGGGAUGUUAUAAAACACGCCAUCUAAAUGAUUAUCUUAUGUUGUAUUCCAUACAAAAAUCCAGUAUAUUUUCAGCCUUGUUUUGUUGAGUAAAAUAUCUGUUUUACUUUAUUUGUUGACAUCACACAUUCUUGCUGUAAUGAUCAUUUCCCAGCUUCCUGAUGCUGUCGUCUUUGCUUAAUGUCAUAAGGGACUUUUUGUAACACAUUUUGGUUUCUACACUCAGUUUGAAACAUGCUGACAGUGAAGCUGACAAAUCCAUAAUCCAAGAACUCAAAAAUGAUCCCUGCACUAUUUUAGUCCUGCUGGAUGUCAGCAAAGACCUGACGCAGCAUGCCUGGGGGAGGUUUGGGUUUGACAGGGACCUGAGAUGGAAGGAACGUCGCUCACAUCAGGACCAAGUCAGUGGAUGAUGCUCAGGUGGUGUUUGUCCUGAGCUGACACAGACAAGGAACUCCUGACAUGGAAUACACCACGGUGUCCUGCACAGUCUAACCUGCGACUGCGUUGGGCUCGACAGGCUGUUAAAUUAAUAAAUCAUACAUGA